UGGCUGUCUACAUGACGUUAGCUCUUCAUCGCUUUGUUACCAAGUACACAGGAGCACACAUGCAUCGGUGUGCGAUAAAGUUCUAUUUAAGGCUGUAAGUUUGUUGUUGACAAAUUUCAGCCGCACCUAAGCUGCAUCCUUUGCUAACAGCAUCACCUAGCAAAUCCUGUUCACGGACGGCAAUGUCUUCCUCCAGGAAAGCCACAGAUGGGGCUGGACCCAGCGAUCAGAAGCAUUCGACGAGAUACACGGCUAACACAGAAGCGGGACCGAGUUCUGGCGUCAAGAGGAGGAGGAGAAGACCGAAACUGAAGUUUCAGUUCCCUACAUCGGUGCCGAAAAAUAUGCAAGACGUGAAGUUCGACACGUACAUAAAGAAGGUUUGUUUUAGCUAGAAGUAAUCUCUCUCGAUUUUAGAUUGCAUUCUUCUUCUUCUGUAUAUUAAGGGCCCACGAUCAAUUCUUUGAUAUGUAUAGCUCUUAUGCAUGUAGAAGGGAUUCGCCAUGUUUCUGUGCCUGGUUUUUGAAGAGGCUAUUUCACGGGUUGCUAGGGCUACUCGGCGACAGUAUCACGAAUUGGGGGUUGAAAGGCGUGAGACAAUAGACGCACAUGUCUCAAGUAGUGUCCCUCUGCUGUUUCUUCUUGACGCUUUUUCCAGUCCCUGAUUGUCUUUGACAUAAAUGUCCAGGUCCUGUACUGUGUUUUUUUGCUGUUAUAACCCGGAACUGGUUGCUGUCGUCUCAAUGUUUUCGUGGAGGAGGUAGUGGAGGAGGGGGGGGUGAGGACAGGGACGAGUUUAUGUAUAAGGCUGGAGCAGUGGACCAACCCAAUUUUAAAAAAAAAUAAUCUUGUACCUCACGGAGAGCCUGGUUUAUAACUUAUUGGUGACUCUCUCACCAGAGAAUGAUUCAAACCAGAAUAAUUAAUAAUACAAUUUUUGUUAGAGCCGUCAGGUUUUGUGUAGUAAAUGGAUACGUCAGAGUUUGGGCGGGAAACAGUUCUCCUGAAGUGAUGACUAUCUUGGCAUGGUACUAAGCUCUUCCCAACUAUCUUGUCAGUUCCAAUUGAACUGCUAGGCAUUUCCGACUUUCAUUUAAGAUAAUUCAAUAAUAGUAUUUUGUUAUAUUUUCCAGGUAAUGGUCUUUAAAAUGUAGUGUGUGUCUAGAGUGUGUCUAAGUUGUGUCUCAUAUUAAAUAUACUAAGUACUUUUGGUAUUUUUAUUUUAUCUAUUUAAAUAAUACCUUAUGAAAGUGUUGUUGUUCAUCCGUCAAGAUCGACUAGGACAAUCUAAUCAUCGUGUUAGGGGGAUGGGUUGGUCAUUGUGAGUUCGUAGGUGGCCGGCUAGUCCGAUACGUGCUUGGAAUAGUCUCUGACCCCGUGGGCAGGGCAUAGUUGCUGUACUUGGUGAUCUAAUGUUGAUUUUUCCGGACUAGCCUGCGUAUCACAGCUGUGUAUCUCCUACUGGCUUCAAGAGAUUCAGCCACCUUCUUUACAGCUGAUCUCCACCUCUUUCUUGGACUGUCUGCAUCCAUUCAGUAGGGUUGAUGCUGAAGGCCUUUAGUGCAACUUGUAGGUUGUCUUUGUAACGCUUUCUUUGACCUCCUCGUGAGAGCUUUCCUGGCUGGAGUUCGUCGAGGAAAAUCUGUCUUGGGACCCGGUUCACUUCCAUACGCGCUAUGUGUCCCAUCCAACGGAGUUGAGACCCCAUCAGGAGGUGAAGAUGCUAGGUAAGUUCCUUCUAGCAAGAACCUCCGUGUAAGGCACUUUGCUUUGCCACCUGAUGCCGAGAAGUUUCCUGAGGUAAGUUGUGUGAAAGUUAAGUUUCUUUGCGUGACACUCGUAGACUGUCCACAUGUGAUAAAAGUAACGGAAAUGUGUAGGAACAUCAGCAGAUGUACUAUUUUCCUGCAGUUAGAAAAUAUUAAUCAAUUCCAGACAUUUGCCCCAUUUUCUGUUCAUGAUAGCUGAACAUUUAUUUAACAUCAAACCAAGUGUUAACCAACCAAAUAGAUAAUGGAUCUUUUUUUUUAAUCUGCACGUUUAAUCCAAAUGUAGAUAAAUGUUUGAUUUUUUUUUUUUUUUGCAGUUAUUGUUUAACUAAAUUCCAAGCUAGACUUUUUCAGAUUGAUGUCAAUCAAUUUCAAUGUUGCGAGUUAGGGUCUUAUGUUAUCCAAUUGAAAUUGUACAUUGGGAAAAGGCUUAAUAAGCGAGCUGUCGAGCUAAGACCAAGCACUGUGUGCCUCCGCAAACCUCUCCUCUCAUAAACCAGAUUAGAGGGUCGCGAAGCGGCACGUUGGAGAUCACCCUUUACCAUACAGUGCCCACUCGAACAGGUGUUAACAGAGUCCAUGCCAUCCAAGGACAUCCGGUCGGCCGGUGACCCUGCUCUCACGUGCUCAGCAGUCAACUUUACCAGGGGUUCGGAUUUGAAUAUUUACGUCCUAAAAUCUUCCCCACUCCCGUCCAAGGGAAGCGUAAGAAGCCAUCGCACAGGGAUUGCUACAGUAAGGGAUUGCUACAGUAAGGGAUUGCUACAGUGAGGGAUUGCUACAGUGGCCUUCUAGCCCACGAUUAUUUUACAAAGCAGCUUGGACGAAACGGUUUGAAAGGAACGACGUCCUCUUAGUGAUUUGUCAAUAGAAACAUAAGCAUGAGGAUGCCACUACCCGCCACGUGAUCCACAUCUAUUAACGGCUAAAUGUAAUCAUGAUCCCUACCCUGUUUCUCCCUUAAAUUACAGUGGCCCACUGUCCCCGGGUUGGUAGCCCUGCAAAUGCUACCAUUUACGGCAGAUACCACGGAAGUCCCUCGUUAGGUCUGCGGCGGUUCACGCAAUGGUUGUUUUAUUCUCCAGAUAAUUUCUCGGGGAGGGGGAUUAUGUUACCCCAUAAUAAGUUUGAUUUUUAUGUUACCCCAUUAUAGGUUUGCUUUUUAUGUUGCCAAAAAGAGAAACACGAGAGAGGGGGUUGCUGGGUGUCAAAGGAAAUAUGCUACUAUUUUAAAAUGGAUUAAACUUUAUUUUUUGGCGCUCCUUCUUAUGCAGAAAUAAAGUUAUUCAAAGUGAUACUAUUUUGAAGUUCUCCCUUUGAAAAUGUAGUUUUCAAAGUUCUACUGUUCUGAUGCUCUCCCUAUAGAAAUGCCGUUUUUAAAGUGAUUUUUAUCUCUGUUGAAAUAUAUAUUUGUUCAAAGUGAUACUACUGUGUUGUUCUCCCUGUAGAAAUGUAAUUUUCAAACUGAUACUUUUGUAAUGUUCUGCCACUGGAAAUGAAGUUUUUCAAACUCAUAUUAUUGUUUUUUUCUCCCUGUUGAAAGUGAUACUUUUGUUAUGCUCUCUCUAUUGAAAGUGAUACUUUUGUUAUGCUCUCCCUGUUGAAAGUGAUACUUUGGUCAUGCUCUCUCUGUUGAAAUUUAGUUUUUCAAAGUGUAACUAUAGUCUUGUUCUCGCUGUUGAAAUGGAAUUUUCCAAAGUAAUGCGAGAAUGAUGCUCACCCUGUCGAAAUAAAAUUUUCAAAGUGAUGCUAAUGCGAUGGUCUUUCUGUAACGCGCAGGUGCUGAAGAAAGUCAAGCCCAGAAUCAAAAUGGCCGGCCCGUCGAUCAAGCUGAUGGACAUCAUCAUGAAGGACACCCUGCACCACAUCGCCACGGAGGCCAAGGGCAAGAUGGGGCGAAGGAAGACUCUUAAAGUAAGUAGACGUAGAAAGGUCAAGGGCAAGGUGAGGAAACCUCUGAAAUUUAUAAGGCGUGGAAAGGUCAAGGACGGGGUCAGGAGGAGGAAACCUCCUAAAGUAAGUCGGCAUAGAAAGGUCAAGGACAAUUUAAGGAAAACUCUAAAAGUUUGUAGGUAUAGAAAGGUCAAGGACAAGGUGAGAAAACUCUUAAAGGAAUUAGACAUGGAAAGGUAAAGGACAAGAUGAGACUCUUAAAGUAAGUAAACAUAGAAAGGUCAAGGACAAGAAAUGCUUAGUGUGGUCGUUCAUAGUGUCCAGUGUGGUCAUUCAAAAAGUCAAAAAUGUAAAAAAAAAAAAUUCAGUUUUUUGUCAUUGAUUAUAUGUGACGACACUUUGAAAUAGAUCAAUUUAAUUCAUUUGGAAAUGUAUUUCUUGCGUCCGCGCAAUCACACACAGAGAGAGAGAGAGAGAGAGGCAUAGCAAGAGACAUGCAGAGCGUGACAUAGAGAGACAGAGAGAUAUUAUAUUCAUGCAUUCUACUCACACAUUCUACCCAUACAUUAUAUUCAUGCAUUCUUCUCAUACAUUCUACCCAUGCAAUAUAUUCAUGAAUUCUAUUCAUACAUUACUCAUACAUUAUACUCAUGCAUUGUACUCGCACAUUCUACCCAUGCAUUAUAUUCAUGCAUUCUACUCAUACAUUACCAAUACAUUAUAUUCAUGCAUUCUACUCAUACAUUACCAAUACAUUAUAUUCAUGCACUCUACUCAUACAUUACCAAUACAUUAUAUUCAUGCAUUCUACUCAUACAUUACCAAUACAUUAUAUUCAUGCAUUCUACUCAUACAUUACCAAUACAUUAUAUUCAUGCAUUCUACUCAUACAUUACCAAUACAUUAUAUUCAUGCACUCUACUCACACGUUCUACCCAUACAUUAUAUCCAACCAUUCUACUAAUAAUUUCUGAAUUUUUUUUUCCGACAGCCCAAAAUCAUCAUGAAAGCGCUAAAGAAAAUCAUGUCUAAGAAUCUGGUGCAGCGGGCCCACGAGCAUGGUCAGCGGGCACUGGACAGAUAUGAGGCCAAGACGAAGAGACGAAGGUAGAGACUCACUCCAAGAUGGCGGCUCCAUUACAAGACACGGGAGCCACAGGGAGCCAUCAGGACCCAUCAGAAGCCAUCGGGAGCCAUCAGGAGCCAUCGGGAGCCAUCGGGAGCCAUCGGGAGCCUUCAGGAGCCAUCAGGAGCCAUCGGGAGCCAUCGAUAGCCAUCGGGACCCAUCAGGAGCCAUCGGGAGCCAUCGGGACUCAUCGGGAGCCAUCGGGAGCCAUCAGGAGCAAAUGCUAGCUGAGAUAUUCCGUACUUAGAGGAUUGAAUCAGUUUCUGAAAAUGAGGACUGUUUGUCAGGACUUGGAUGUUUAGACUCAGGUCAAUUUUAAAUCUUUAACAUAUGAAAAAUAAAUAAUCGAAUACAGAUUUAGUUAGUGUAAGGGACAUUAUUUAGGAUUGAAUUCACAGUUGUAAGAAAGAUUGGAUUGGUAUUUAAAUGAAAUAACAUAUGAAUAGAAUUGUGAACUAAAAUUCAUCUGAAAGUUUUUUAAAAAGUAUGUCGAAUUAGACACAGUUGCAUGAUGGGAAUAUAGAUGGCAGUGAAAGGCAAAGAUUUUAAACCCAUGAAACGAAUGUGUCGGUGUGAAUCACUGUUAAAAGCAUAAUGACAAGACUGUCUCUACAGGUGCCAGCUUUUUCUGUGUGUGUGUGAUUGAUCUAUAGUUUUGCUGAACCCAAGAGUUGUUCAGUCUGACCACGUGUUCUGUCAGCAUAUUUUAACAUAUGAUUAGUGCAACGGGCUUGUGAGAUGACAUCUUAAAGCCCCGAAUGGAGUGCAUGAUUAAAAAAAUGGAAAUAUUA